CCCUGCAUUAGCCCAGGACCAUGUGGGCCUGGGCACUGUGGAUGCUCCCUCUACUCUGCAAAUCUGGCCUGGCAGCUCUGCCAGCUAAGCCUGAAAACAUUUCUUGUGUCUUAUACUAUAUGAAUAAUUUUACUUGCACAUGGAGUCCAGAGAAAGAAGACAAUUCUACAUCAUAUAUAGUUAGCAGAACUUACGCUUAUGGACGUAAAAGGGAUACACGUAGUCCUCCAAGUGAAAAUGGUACUUCAUGCUCUUUUUUUCUUCCAAAUAUAACAAGACCAGAUAUUUAUACCAUUCAAGUGGAAGCUCGAAAUGCAGAUGGUGUCAUUCAAUCUGAUAUAACUCGUUGGAAUUUAGAUACCGUAAUUAAAACCGAGCCACCCAAGAUUUCCAGUGUGAAACCAGUUUCGGGUGUUAAACGAAUGGUUCAAAUAAGAUGGAUGAGGCCUGUAUUGGCACCUAAGUCAUCUAAUUUUAAAUACAUACUUCGAUUCAGAACAGUAAACAGUACCCACUGGGUGGAAGUCAACUUCACUGAAAGAGAAGUGGGUAAAGAAGCAGCAUACAACCUCACAGGGCUGCAGGCUUUUACCGAGUAUGCCGUAGAGCUGCGCUGUGUGACUGAGGAGUCAAGGCUGUGGAGUGACUGGAGCGAAGAAAAAAGGGGAAUAACUGAGGAAGAAGCUCCACAUGGCCUGGAUCUGUGGCGAGUCCUGAGACCAGCCAGGGUGGAUGGAAGAAGGCCAGUGAAGUUGUUGUGGAAGAAGGCAAAAGGAGCCCCUGUCCUGGAAAAAACACUUGGCUACAACAUAUGGUACUUUCCAGAAAACAGCACUAACCUCACAGAGACUAUAAACACCACUAACCAGCAGCUUGAACUGUAUCUGGAAGGCAAGGCCUACUGGAUAUCUGUGACUUCUUAUAAUUCUCUUGGAAAGUCUCCAGUAGCCACUAUGAGGAUUCCAGCUGUUGAUGAAAAGUCGGUUCAGUGCAUCACAGCCAUGCAGGCUUGCCUUACUCAGGACCAGCUGGUGGUGGAGUGGCAAAGCUUCACUCUGAAGGUGGACAAAUGGGUGGUUGAGUGGGUCCCAGAUUUGGACUCAGAGCCCUCACUCAUUUCCUGGGAAUCUGUGUCUCAGGCCAAGAACUGGACAAUAAAGAAAGAUGAAUUAAAACCUUUCCAGUGCUACAACAUCUCUGUGUAUCCAAUGUUGAAAGACCAAGUGGGUGAACCAUAUUCCAUCCAGACUUAUGUCAAAGAAGGUGCUCCAUCAAAAGGUCCCAUGACCAAGGUGGAGAACAUUGGGGUGAAGACAGUCACAAUUACAUGGAAAGAGAUUCCCAAGAACAAAAGAAAUGGUUUCAUCAGCAACUACACCAUAUUCUACCAAGCUGAAGAUGGAAAGGAAUUCUCCAAGACAGUCAAUGCCAGCAUCCUUCAGUAUGACCUGGAGUCCCUGACACGGAAGACCUCUUACACUGUUCAGGUCAUGGCCAGCACCAGUGCUGGGGGAAUCAAUGGCACCGAGAUAAACUUCAAGACAUUGUCAAUUAGUGUCUUUGAGAUUUUUCUUACAGCUUCUCUGGUUGGAGGAGGCCUUCUUAUUCUCAUUGUCCUGAUGGUGGCAUAUGGUCUCAAAGCACUCAACAAAUUGAAGCAGCUAUGUUGGCCUGCUGUCCCCAACCCUGCCGAAAGCAGUAUAGCCUUGUGGCAUGGAGGUGAUUUCAAGGGUAAGCUAAAUCUGAAGGAGUUUGAUGACUCUGUGAACACAGAAGACAGGAUUCUAAAACCACGUUCUGCCUCCAGUGACCUUAUUGACAAGUUGGUGGUGAACUUUGAGAUUUUUCUGGAAGAGGUUUCCACAGAGGAGCGUGGAAAGGGUCAGGAAAGCAUCUGGGGAGGGGAAGAGAAUGAGUACGUGACCUCUCCCUAUAGGCCUUAUUGUCCCCCCUUUUCACCUGAGAUCCCACCGGAAAAGUUCCAACACCCGUGUUCCGGAAUGCCAGAGGGAAGCAGCUCAGAAGUCAGAGAGCAACUUCUCCCCUCUGCCCAAAGUUUAGGGCCAGACCAUCUCUGCGAGGAAGGAGCACCAAAUCCAUACUUGAAAAAUUCAGUGACAGCCAGAGAAUUUCUCGUGUCUGAAAAACUUCCAGACCAAACUCAAAGAGAAUUCUAAGAGCUGCCGUGGCUUGAAUCCCUUUUCACGUCAGUGUGGGUGACUCUUGCAGAGAGAUGGUAUCAGGACUUGCCUAGAAGAGCUGCCUUGGUGUUUCCCCGUCCUGCUUGUGUUGGAGCCUCGCACAGCCCCGAGCGGCUUUUUGAGCUUGGUCGGCACGAACAUGUAGCUUGCUUGAGAAGAAAGGAUGGUGACCAGCCUGAGCACUUUGCAGAGAAAAAGCCAUUUAUUUUCUUUUGUUCAGAUAGCGAGCUCUCACUGAGGCCUAUGACAGAUUGACUUGGAGGGGUGAUGGGUCCUGGAGGUGGAUAAAUCUGGUCUUCCCUAAGAAUUGGGCCGUGGGCGCAGCCUUUGCUGGGGUUGCUCCUCACGGCUUCAGGAGAGACUCUGCCCGUUGCCGGAAGACAAUUGUUUAGUCAGCGUUGUGUGCUCUGGUGGGAGGUGAGGGUUCUCUCCCUUCAACUUGACCUCCCAGGCUCCAGGCUCCACCUCUAGGGUAGCACCGACAUCACGUCAGAGCUUAUGCUUCUCUCUCAACAUGGGGCGGGAAGUGCUGGGGCCUUCCUGAUGGCACACCUGAAAUUCCUCUUUAUCUUCUUUAAAUCUCCCUUGGCCCACUCCACAUUGGAUGGAGGAAUGAGGGAGGGCCUCAGCAGGGCACAGGAAUGGACUCUCCCUGGACCAGCACGUCUGCCUCACCCUCCAGGCCAUUGCCCAGCCCUGGAAACCGUAUCCGGAGGCCCUCGCUGCCCCUCUGUCUUGUACCCAAGCCUGGGAAUAGAAAAGCACCAAAGACUGCCGUGGCUUUUUACAGGGACUCUGUCCGACCCCUCAUGGUAGCUCAGAUCCCAGGGACACACCCUACAAAGACCUCUUCCCAGAAGCAGCUGUGCAGGACCUGGGGACAUGCAAUGCUUAGCAACUCUGCUGCUCCACCACAGGGCUCCUCUGCCUUCACCCGGCAAGGCUCAGUUAGUGGAGCCUUUAGCAUAGGUGCUGAUGGUGGGAUUCAGCUGCCAGCACCUUGGAACUUAGGGCUGGCACCCUGACCACAGUGACAUCAGAUGACUUCCUAACGUGCAGCUGUGUCUCUUCUGGCCAUUGGGGGAGGCUGCUGAGAGCCUGGUGAGAUGGGGCAGCUGGGAGCAGCGGGCCAGGCACUUGCGAGAGGGAAAGGCUGACAAUGGUUUUCUCCUGGGAGAGUUUGAGAAGUCAGUGUGUAUGUAGCGGCACAAACUUCAUGAGCCACUGGCUCAGACUUGCAAACCAUUGCCUUACUUUCUAUAACCCAAACUAAUUUCUAGUCAAAGCCCCUGACCUUUUGAAGUAACCACAGCUCGAUUUGGUGAUUUCUGUCGCUUUGGGUAUGUAACUCAUUCACAUUCGGAAUUUUGACGCCCCAUCCACCCUGGCACUGGCUCUGAGCGCCGGAAGACAUUCAGAGAAGCGCAGGCUUUGUCUCUGGUUUGUUGUCUGCCCAGAGUUGGUCUUGGGAGGUGCCUUUGGCCCCACCUGUCCCUGUCAAGUCACCUGCCACUUUCCUCAGCCAACGGCCGCAUCCUUACUGUGGGCACGAGUUGGGGGAUGCUUUCCCAAAGCUCUCUCCUCAUUAAAUCUCAUGUCUACAGCACCCCCUGCCCCCCAAAUUCAUCACUCUUAGUUUACAGAACAGUGACUACUUAUCAACCAAGGAAUGAGGGAGGCCUGGGCACGGUACUAGGGACCCUGUAUCCUGGGAGCAGAAGGGGACCAAACAAAAGGGAUACACUGGAUUUCUGGUUGUAGUGGGCUCUUUCUGCACUGAUACCUCCCCCACCCCCAACUGUGGUGACUUGGGCAAUUCUUUGAGCCCCCCGUCCCCCAGAGAUCCAGAUGGGGCUCUUUCCACCCUGCCUUUGAUUCGUGAGCUUAUAGGAGGUUCUAGCUUUGUACCCCUCAACACUUCUCUCUCACCUGUGCCCCUCUGCCACCUCCAGCUGAGGGGUCUUCUCAAAGUCUAUGUGAAGUGGGCAGGGGAGGGGCGUUCCCAGAGUUUGUCUCCCUAAUCCUGUCUAUCUCACACCUGGAUGAGGCUUUUGAACCUAAGAUCCAAGAAUUUGAUGGCUGAAGAGAGAGAAGAGGUCCCAGAUGGCUCCUGUGAGUGGAUUUCAGAGAUGAAGAUGUAACCCUCUGCUCUCUCUCCCAUGAUCAUUCGUGAAAGCCCGAACCAUCUCAUGGACAGUUUGCAAAUACCACAGCCCUGCUGUUUCAUUUCUUCUUCCGAUUUCUUACUUUCCUUUAUGUUUCCCAUUUUCUACUCCCUUUUUCCCCACCACUCCCAGUAGCUUUUUAUCUUUUUAACUCUUUUUUCCCUUUUUAUCCCUUUUUGUCCUUCUCAUCAGCCCCCUGUUAUCAUUUUCCAUAUUUACUUUGGCUGCCUUGGAGGGUGAGGGAGAUUGAGGCUCUCUGUUUUGUUUGAGAUGCCCAGGCUAAUCUCAUAGGAGUCAGCAUUUCCUGCCAGUAAGAGCUGCAGUUUUCUUAGGAACCCCAGGAGCUCAUUCAGCAGGCCACACACUGCUCUCCAGAGCAGAUCACAGGACACCAGCCUAAGAGAAGCCACAGUGACCAUCCUCUCCUGGGAUAUAGUCACAGACUGUCCCCACUCCCAGUGUCCUGUGUUGCCUCUGCAUCCGGAAAAGGCCACCUGCGUCUUCUCUGUGACUGUCAAAAAGACACUGAGAGGAUGCAAACAGGAAAACAUGUGUUUUAGCAUGGUCAUUAAAAACUGAUAAAAUUCCUGUUAGAGUUCCCAGGGCUCUGGGAACCAUGCAGACAGUUAAUGUUAGUGUCCUAUUAAUAGCCUUUCUCUUACAAUAAUACCAGAAAAAAAUUACAAGAAUAGCAGAGAAGCCAAUCUUUGUUUAAAAAAAAGAUAACUUCAUUCUGAUUCCUCAGGAGGCUGCAACAAAACACACAGUAGAAGCAGCAUGUGGGGUGGUGGUCCAGGUGGGGGUGCUGGAGGGGUCUGGCGUGGCUUCACCCUCCUGUGGGGAAAGCCUGUACUGGGCUGCCAGGCCUCCCCGUGGGCGUUCGGGCGCCCUUUGUGGCGCACCCCUCUCCCCGGUUAUCGGUUAUCACAGCUGCUGUAUACACACUUCACUCCAGGGGUCUGCCACUCGGCUCUCAGGCCAAAUCUGGGCUCUGUUUCUGUAGGGCCAAUGAGCCAAAAAUGAUACUGACAUUUUUAAAGGCUGGAAGACAAAAUCAGAGGAAGAAUCAUGUUUAAUGACAUGGGAAAAUUUGAUAGAAUUCAAAUUUCAGUAUCCAUCAACGAAGCUUAAUUGGAACACAGCCAUGCUCAUCCUUGUCAUGUCAUCUGUGGCAGUUCCCCACCACCACCACAAAGGCAGGACCCAGUAGUUGUGACAGUUUUUCCCACAAAGCCUAAAGUGGUCACCAUCUGGCCCUUGUCAGAAAAAGCCUGCUGGCCUGCCCCUGUGUAGCCCACAGACUUGAGGCUCAGACUGAAUUAGCUGCUAAUGAAAAAAGAAACCCGGUUAUGUCAUUUUGGAUUUCAGACUGAGUAAGGUUGGCCCCCUUAGAAGGGCACAACUCCUUGGAUCCCCCCAGACCUCACCACUCCCUAUCCGCUGCCCACUGCUAAGCUGGAGAAUCAGUGGCUAUCACUUACUCCACUUUGUCUCCCAUCCCCCAACUGUCAGACAUUUGGCAAUGCCUGGAGGUAUUUUGGGAGGGUGGUGUUGCUGGCAUCUAGGGGGUAGAAGCCCGCACUGAUGGUAGUCACCCUACAAUGCACAGAUCAGCCCCUGCAUCAAUGAAUGAUCUGGCUCAAGGUGUUGGUAAUGCCCAAGUGAGGAAUCCUGGCUGAGCUAACCCUUGCCUGGACCCACAGCACUUGCUGUGGGUGCUCCUCAGCAUCCAGACAUAGCAUCUCUCUAAUUGUGUCUCUUUCUUUUUGUAAAUUUAAAUUUUAUUUUGGACUCAGCUUUACAACAACAUCAACAAAAAUUUCUACCAAUUAUUUACAUCAUUCUUAAUUCACUCCUGAUAUGAUCUAUGUGUCCCUACACACGUUUUCAUCCAAUUGCAAGUUAUAUAUUCAUUCUAUCGUAUUCUCCCUUUGCUUUCACUUAUUAUUUUGUGUAUAAAAUUCUGUGCAUGAGCAUAGUUUAUAGUGGACACACAGAAUCCCGCGGCCUGCCUGCCUGCCUGUUGUGGUUUGCUAAGGGUUGUUUUGAAUGUCCUCCUCGUAUAGAGAGCAACUUCAGUAAACAUCAUGGCACAAAAUUUUCUUUUCCCAACUUUGUCUUCAUUCCUCCGGGCUGUUUCCAAAGGUGGAAUUGCUGGGUCAAAGUUUCAUGGUCAUUGUCACAUAUUGUGCAAUUCUAUCCCUCAGAAAGCUACACUGAGUUGCAAUAUCACGAGACAUGUCUUUGUCCUUUGCCACUGGUAAUCAGCUGUUCACUGCUGUACACUGAAUUUCGUCGAUCUGUAUGGUUAAUGGCACUUCGUGGUUAUUUGUAUGGCUUAAAUCACGGGGAAGCUAAAUUUUUCCCAUUUAUAUUUUACUGUCUGCAUGUCCACCUGUUGACUUACAGAAUCUUUUACUUCUAAGCUCCCCGGGGCGUUGAGAGACCAGCUGAGCUUCUAGGAAUGAGAGGCACACAGUAGGACUUAGAACAACUGAUGGAUUUUGUCAUUUGGCUGCCUCUUUAAAAUAUGUGGGUUUUGUAGGGCAUUUUAAAGGAGACAUUGCAUGCUGAUGUAUUUCAUUAAUUGUUUUCUGUAAACAUUAAUUAGCAACAAGGCCUAUUUGUAAUCCAAGUACGUGAUGUUACCUGUAUCUUGCACCCCGUUGGGCGGAGGGUCUGGAGCAGAGCAUGACAAAGGUCAUUAGCAGUCCUUAUUCCUCCUGCAGCAUUUACUGGACGCUGGAGUCAGCAGAGAAAGCGUUUGCUCAGAAGCACAAACAGCCCUAGUCCAUAUUUGCAGAAGCCUGGGGGCCACCCUUGCCCUCAGUACUGGGCCAUACUGUCUGACAUGCCUGCCUCUUGCUGCUGAGAGAGGUGGGGAGGCAAGGGUAGUGACUCCACAGGAGCACGGAGCCAGCUGUCAGGGAGCUUCGGGUGGUUGUUCAAGGGGCCCUAGGUAUCUGCUGCUGGUCCCCUCUUUAGAGGUGGGAUUCUCAGUUCUGCCCAGCUUCACUGUAUGUGUGGGGCGAGAUGCCAGGAAGGUAUCCAGAGGCCUGGCCUUUUAAACGGAAAUCAAUAUGUGCAAACCAGAAUGCUGAUGGCAGUGAGGAAGGCUGGCCCCGUGCACCGGGAAGGGCGUCUCUUGGAGGGCUGUGCAGUUGUCUUUUCUAUAUAUUGUUCACGUGUCGAUGCAACACGUAGUGCAUGUGCAUGAAAGUUCUGUCCUUAAGGAGAGUGUGAAAAUACGGUUAUUGUAAUGAGAGUGGCCUUCAAAUGCUUCAUUUCCCUCCCUUGGUAGGAGGAGGUAGUUAGGUUUACUUAUGUAUUCUUAGAGGAGGUACUGGGGAUUGAACCCGGGACCUCGUGCACGCUAAGCAUGUGUUCUACCACUUGAGCUAUACCCUCCCCUCAGAUGUACUUAUGUUUUGAUCCUUCAAAUAAUAAAGCCAUAAUACCAUUUUUAUGUAAUG